AUGAACCUCCAGGCCCAACUCGCCCGUCUCGGCGGCUCCGACCUCGGCCACACAAUCUCCGGCCACCCGCAGUCUGGCAACGGCGACGAUGGCUUGCUCGAUGCCCAUGCCCAUGCCCAUGCCCAUGAAGCUGCCGAGAUCGAUGCCCUGUCAGUGUCCGCUACUCCUGCCGCAACGGUGCGCAAGUCGGUCGGCCCAGCAUCAACGGCAUCGGUGCAGCCAACAGCCACCAACACAUCCAUCCAGGUUCUCGAGCAGCGCCAGCUCGAAUACAAGCAGCAUGCGCUGGUAGCCAAGAAGGGCGGCGAGAUGGCCCGUGCUCGCGAGCUGGUCGCCGUCUCAGUCAAUCUCGAGAGAGUGCUGGCCUCGCUGCGACUCGGCGGCGACCUGCCUCCGAAUUUUGAGAUGCCGCCGCAUCCCAGCACGCUGCCCAAGCCCACUGUCGCCGCUACUUCUGGAUCGAGUGCUGCCAAUUCCGUUCGCGAGGCUCCAAGUCCCUCUCGGUCGCUCCUUCCCAGCGAGCCUGCCGCAAGUGUCUCGCACGAAACCAUCACGUAUGAGGAGCUCAUGGAAUCGUCUCCGGUGGCAGCCCUGUCCGACACCGCGAAUGUCAUUGAGCAUCUCGAGACCCAGCUUGCCGCCCAGAUCGAGCUUUGCACCAAGGUGUCUGGCUCGUACUAUCGCACGGGCGACAAGACUGGGGCGCUGGAAUUCCACAAGCGAAAGAAGGAGUCUGUGCGAGACCUCGAAACCCUGCGUGUGCUCAAGGCCACAUCAUCAGGCGCCUCGAUUCAGCUCCCGCGGUUCGUAUACUCAACCGUCAGCUACGAGAUUCGUCAAGAGUUUGCAGAGAUCCCUCUCGACGAGAUGGAGGUCUCGAUCGUGCGGGCAUUUGACCUCGGGAGCAAGGACGUUGCCAGCGCCGACAUUGACAGCUUUGUGGCCUACGACCUGGGCUGGCCCCUCGACAACGGCGGCAAUCCGACCCCCGAGGCCAAGGGCGAGACCGGCCAGCCCAUCAAGAAAAACCCCAGUCCCACCUACAACUUUGUGAAGCGUAUCAAAAUCGAUCGCAAGAAUCGCAACUUUAUGCGUUUUGUCGAGCGCAAGAAAGCCAGCUUCACGGUCUUCCACCACAAGGGAUUUACGCUGUUCUCCUCAAACAAAGUUGCCCUGGGUCGAGCCUCGGUUGAGUACAAAGCUCUCACGGGCAAGUCAGAGAUCCACGAGGUUCUGCAGCUCACCGAUCCGGACAAUCCGCGCAAGGAAGUCGGCGGGCGUCUCGAAAUCCGCAUUCGCCUUCGAGCACCGCUGCUUAAGCCUGACAUCCUCAAGAAAACCGAGCGCUGGGUCAGCUUGGACCUCACUCCUACCGCAACAACGGCAGUGCCGGCAGCGGUCCCCCUCGCACCGGCUUCGGUUGCGACUGCGGCUGUGGCUGUGGCUGUGGCUGUGGCUAUAGCUCCUCCUCGCUCGGUCAGCCCGAUCGAAGCCAGGCCGCCUGUCCCGUCGCCUACGCUUCAGACUCCGCAGGUUGCCAGCAAGCCGUCUGGACAGACCCCUGCAGCUUCUCCUCGCAUAGCCGCUGCUCCCCUCCCUGCAGAGAAGCCCAGCUUGCCGACCGAAGCCACCGGCCCCAAGCCGCCGGCGGAAGAAGAUAUCGAAGAGCUCGAGAUGCAAUUCUUCAUCGCCGAGAACAUUGAGUCGAACCAGGUUCUCGAGACAGAGAUUGGAAAGAUGAAGGAGGAGAUCUUGAAGAUCAAGUCACAGCGCAAGUCUGUGCCAGAGGACCUGACCUUCCGACUGCAAUCUUUUGAGAUGCGCAUGGAUAUGAUUGUCACACUCGUCAGCUGUGGGUCGCUGACGAUGCAGGGCUAUGUGGACAAACUCAAGGCCGCCAUACCAAGGGAGAAAUCCAACGCCCUCAAGUUCAAGAAAGCCCAAAAGCUUGAUCUGGCUCGCGUGGCCCUCAACAGAGUCAAGCUCAUGGAGGGCGAGGUGUCUGAAAUCGAGCAGCAUUUGGCAUCCAAUCCAGACGACGAGUAG